UUUAUUGGAAUGCACUUUUCACUCGAAAGUGCAAGUGGAUAAAUAACAGCAUUAUAACCUAAUUAAUCGAUUCUAGCUUAGUGUUUGAUUAUAACUGUGCAUUAUUUUGGAAGUGUAAUAUAGUAGAAAAUACUAAAAUAUUUUUCGUCAGUGUAAUAACAUAAAUAAGUCGCUAAAAUCGUAAAAUCAGAAACUGCAGCCUUGGAUAUUUGACAGUUGUCUGGUUAUACUUUUCCAGAAAUAUUCAAUGUAAUUAGAAUCUACAGAGAUAUUAAAUAAAACUCUUCAACUGCGUACUUGCAGGACUUUACAUUAUCAAUUAAAUUUUUCAUAAUAUAGUCCUGUUGAGAGGUGUUUGUAAACAAUAUAAAGUUUGAAGUUCUCAUAAGAGACUUAUAAGAAUUCAUAUUUAAAUCUUAUUUUAUUGAUUGUGUGUUACAUUGCUAUGUCUCGAAAUAAACCACUUUUCAACUUUAUUAUGAACUCCGGAGAGAUAUGUGAAAUGCAACCAGUACACAGCGGUGAUUAUUAAGGUGCAACUGAUGUCCGCGGUGAGCGGCGAGCCGAUGCUGCGCCGUGUGAAGCAGGAGACAGAGCCACCGCCACAGUACUCGCCGCCGGAACCCCAGCCACCUCAUCCACAGCCGCUGCACCCUCGCACUAUGCCUAUGAUGCAGCCAGAGUUGGAAUUGGAGAGCAAGGAGGACGUCAAAUUCUGCGUGUCUCCCGGGGACGGGACUAUUGUUGGCAACACAAGCCCUGAACAGCAGCACUGUUCCUCAACCACUGCUGCUGCAGCCAGUGGCGCAAGGGAUGAUGAGGCACCAAGGAGGGUGUGCCUGGUCUGCGGAGACACUGCCUCAGGUUUCCACUACGGAGUCGCCAGCUGUGAGGCCUGCAAAGCGUUUUUCAAGAGGACUAUUCAGGUGAGUCGGAAGGGCAACAUAGAAUACACGUGUCCUGCGUCAAAUGAGUGCGAGAUCAACAAGAGGCGGCGGAAGGCGUGCCAGGCGUGCCGGUUCCGCAAGUGUCUGCGCACGGGCAUGCUGCGCGAGGGGGUGAGGCUCGACCGCGUGAGGGGGGGACGCCAGAAGUACAGGAGGGCGCCCGACGCACCCGCCCUAGCUCAACCCAGGCCACAACUCGAUGAUAUUAAGGUACUAGAAGCCCUGAAUUCCUACGAGCCAGAGCUGCUGACAUGCUCAGCGGUUCCAGCGAGUGUCACAGACCCCACAGCCAAGACCCUGGCGAUGCUAGCAGACCUAUAUGACAGGGAACUGGUCGGAGUCAUCGGCUGGGCGAAGCAGAUACCUGGCUUCACUGAACUUCAACUUAAUGAUCAGAUGCGUCUCCUACAAAGCACAUGGGCGGAGAUGUUAUCCCUGAUGCUGGCUUACCGGUCCAUGUCAGGCGGCAGUCCGCUGCGCCUCCGCUUCGCCACAGACCUCGCUCUCGAUGAGCAGCAGGCCAGGGAGAUUGGGGCACACGAUUUGUUUACACAGAUAGCGGGCGUGGCGAAGAGGUUGGAGCGUGCGGCGGCGUUGCGCGAGGAGUGCUAUUUACUGAAGGCGCUCGCACUCGCCAACUCCGAGGCGAGGAUCGACGAGCAUGCCGCGCUGCGACGCUUCAGGGAUUCCAUACUCGCCGCGCUUAAUGACGCCGUGUCUGCUCUCAGGCCAUACAACGGCAACUCAGCCCUGCAACAGUUGCUGCUGGUCCUGCCGGCGCUGCGGCUGGCGGACGUGGCCGUGCGCCGGUUCUGGGCCGGCGUGCACCGGGAGCGGCGCGCGCCCAUGAACAAACUCUUCGUGGAGAUGUUGGAGGCCUGUCUGCGGUAGACCACCAGGUACCCAGUGCAUCCUGCCCCUACAAAAACCCCUUUUCGUUUCUUCACCUACGGCGGGCGACGCGUCCCCGCGCUAAAUGUACAAAACGAUGGACGGAUCUAGUACAAAACUUGUUACUAUUUUUGUAUAAUAUAAAAAAAAUAUAUCUAGUUUUACUGUGAGCUUUCGAGAUUAUUGUAUGGUCGAGGAAAAGAUAGGCGGCGCUACAAUGGCCUGAAACGCCAUGAUGUAGCUUUAAAUUGUAAGCUGUAGCUGUCUGCCGGGUACCUGACACCCGGGUACCGGUGCGAUGGUAUUUUUUCCCCGACCGUACGGCUUCUGUCUCGGUAAAUGCGGGGGCCGUAUUCGGCGCAUUUAUCAUUAAAAUAUUGAUUUUAUUCUCCUUGUUUUAUUGCUAAGGUCGGUCGGUUCUCGCUGCGGCUGAACAAACUAGUGCACCUAUAUUCGUUACUAGGAUUUUAAAGUACAAAUAUACAUGUUAGUUUUAUAUCUAUCCAGAAGGGUAAAGAACAAAGUUUUCUCAACGAACGAAACUCGAUGUUUACUAAGUAUUAUAAAGUAAGAAAUAAGAAUUAGUGUUUACUGUAUAGCUAAUAUACCUUGACCCGUCUGAAGUGCGCUACAAACGUGUCGUUGUCCCUUUCACUCGCUAUCGUUCCUGCUUAUUGACGUCUCGCUCACUUAGUGGAACUCCUAACUUCAGGGGGAUCAAGAUAUACUAGUUGUACUUUGAAUUCUUAUUUCCCAAUUUGGCCGCAGUGGCACCGCGCCGCCGCUAUAAUGUACAACUGUUUUUUAUAAAAAAUGAAACGUAUAACAAAAAUAGAAUUUAUUUAAAGAGAACAGAUUAUGUAGCAAUAUUUACUAUAUAAAGGUUAUAAAUGUUUCUAGAGCUGUUCCACUAAAAUAAUAAUAUUUUAACCGAACUGUUAGUCGUGUAGCCAUGAAUGUCUGAUCCUUCUGCCGGCAUUGGCUGGGUAAUUUGGAGCAAAUGAUUUGGCCAAUGUUGGCGGUAUAGUUGUAGUGACCCCAUAUUGGAUGGAUGUAUUUUUAAACGCGUUUGAUAGUAGUUUUCUAUAUAAAUUAACGUGUAAACUAUAGAUGUAACACAAUGUUAGUUGUCCUAACCGCAGUUAAAAAUAUUUUCAACUAAUAUUUUAGAGUGCUAUGGUGUUUGUCAUGGCUUUUAUGACCCUAAAAGGCUCAGCGACAAGAAUAUUUUGUUAGAUAUAAUGUCCUGCUCAUAAAAGCCUGGUUUUUGGAGUCUGUUUCUGUUAACAGUCGUGAUUGUAACAUAUCUGUAGGUAGUUUAGAAUAAUGUACAAAGUACAAGGAAAUAAUACUCUUUUGGACUUCAAAAAGACCCUUAUUCGUGAAAAAAUGGCUUGGCAACCUAGAAGUUAGGUUAAGUUAUAACGUUGAUAGAGAGAGAUAAAAAAAUCGAGUGUUACAACCAAACCAGAAUGUAUAUAAAAACAAAGCUAUACAAAAUGUAUCUUUAUGAAUAAGGGAAUAUGAAUCAAAAUACAGAAACAUGCUCCAAAUGGAACACUGUAGCAAUAACGUAUACCUAAGUGUAACAUCACACAUUGUGUUAAGUACCUAAAUAUUGAUAUGUAAAUAUUAAAAAAUAGAUUUAAAAAAUAUAUAGUGGAACAGAUAAUAUCGAAUACCUCAGUACCCGUUACCAGAAACCAGUAAACUGUUGUAUAUAAAGUACUAAGUACGAGUCCUAGUGUCUUUUGAUCGAUGCCAGCGCCUCUAACGGCAGAAUUGAGAACUAUAAGUAGACAAUUUUGAAGUUUUGUCUCAAAUUGAGUUGAAAAUGUGCAGAGCAUGAUUUUUAAGUCAAAAUUCUAUAGUUUCAAAUAUGUCUGCUUAUAGUUUUUUCGUUACAGAGUGUUCUAGUAUCGAUCUUUACCCAAUAAAGAGAUCAAAUCAAUGCGAUCCCGACUUUAAAAGUAAGAAGUUUAUAUAAAAGUUGAAUGAAUUAGAAAAAUCUAUUCAAAAUUGCACCCAUAGUUCGGUUAACGGUUGAUUAUGCAAAAUUAUGUAGAACGGAACAUAUUAUGUUGUUAAAUAAGGUUGUUGUGUAAAAGUAAGGUGCAUUUUUGUUGUGAUUUUGCUCAAAAAAACAUUUCUAUAAGUAUUCGCAUUGUAACCAAGGAUUAGGAGAUGUCUUUAAGGCUUUACGAACGCAAGGAAAUAUAGAUUACCUCUAGUUCUUUUGCCUCUAUCAUCGAAAGUGAUAAAAAGAAUCACAGUUGUAUUUUUAUUCUUAUUAAUUAUUUUUAUUUCGUUUUACGGCUUAGUAGCUAUUAUUAUGUUAUCGGUAAGUUGUCUGAACAAGCUAAAGGUUGUUUGUAGGCACCGAUAUAUCGAUACUAGAGUCGAUAUAUCGAUUAGUAUACGUUCAAAAUAUAUUUGUUUAAUGUAACAAAGUUACACGAGAGCCUGUUAUUUUUAUAUUUGUAUCUGUCUGUUGGAAAUAUUCACGGAAAUAAAUAGAUUACAUAAUACAUUACGUAUUUAUUUUUGUGAAUAUUUUUUAACUCAAAACUAAUGUGAUGGCUUAAGAAUUUACGAUGGCAAUUAGUUUUUCGGAAAUGUAUGUUUAGAAAAGAUUUUCGUCACAUUUGAUUUUUUGGGGAGUCGAUUUGUACUUGUAGUUGUACAGAUAAGCUAAACUCGUCUUUAUGUUAAUUUGGUUAAGGUUUAUAUUUCUAUCAAGCAAGUUACAUACAAGCGGUUAAAACGUAUGAUCAAUGUAUAACACAGUCGACUAGAAACGCGAAUCUGUAAUGUUAUUAUAGGAAAUUCACCCUUAUAUCUGCAAAAUAAAGCACAUUUUCCUCCACUCUUAUAUAAACAUCAGCGUUGAAAGGAAUAUCUGUCUUACUUUGCAAUCAUAAGGUUUAAUUUCCUGCGUUUAUAUUACAGAUUUACACUUCGGACACCGUGCCAAUAGAAAUUGAUCUCUAAAACAAAAGGAUUACGGUACAAAUUGGUUCCCAAAUAAAUUUCCACGUGGAAGAGUUAUUAUACUGUUGUAGUUAUUCUUAUGUUAAGAAUAUUUACUUUAUAUUGUAAUUAUAAAUAAUUGUACCGGUGGUAGUGUAGCGAGCUGUGACGUGUGACUGUGCCAGACUAUUUAUUAAGUUUAUUAAUUAUUAUUAUUAAUUAUUAAUGUCGUUAUUGAUCUGCGAUUACUGAUUUAUAUAAGGAUGUGAUUCUGGUUCGUAGUUUGUUUGGAAGGUUUGAUAAUGUACUACGAAAUGUAGGUUUUAGUUUUGAAGUAACUAAAAAUCACGGUUUACUCACGUAAAUUAAUGGAGAAAAGCUCUACUAGUUUCGAGUCAUAGACGGACUCUUCAUCAUGAGCAGCGUGCGCAGACGCAGCGUCGUCGCGUCUGUACGUCUUACGAUAGUUAUUAUAAAAAUUGAAGUAGGUGGUCUGUUUUUACUUCGUAUGUAUUGGAUUAUUCAUUAAGUCUUACUGAAAAAACGGACUAUUACUUUUUUUCUUAUAAAUUCGAAAGUUUGUGAGUAUAUGUGUUUGUAACUCAAUCACGUUAAACACAGCUGAAGGGAUUGGGAUUGAAAUUUGGAACAGGGGUAGAUUUAAGGUCUGGAACAAAACUCUUCAUAAAAGCUGGUCUUUUCUGACUUGUUGCCUAGUACUGAGUUUACAAAAAUAAUAGCUCAGUCGUCUUCUAUAUAAAAAAAUUUACACCUCAUAUUGACAGUACAAACUAUUCAAAAUCACUGAAAUCAAAAUCAACUCUAUUAUUAUUAUAAAGAUUAGGUCGAAAAUUAUAUAUUUAAUCGGCAGCUCAGUAAUCCAAGCUUCCAUACAAACUACGAACCAAAACUUUUGUUGAUAAAUUAUAUUAAUAUCUAUUUAUUAUCCAAAAAAUGACGAAGGAAAAUUUUGAAACGCCUUUUUACAAAAUUUUACUUUGUAUAAACGAACUGAUUGGACAUGUUAUAGUAUAAACGUAUGAAUUUCUAUAUCGUAGAGUAUAUUUGUAUGUAUGUAUGUUUGUAGAUGGUUUAGUGAUAUGUAAUCUCAGAUCAAACUAGAGAACUUUAGGUAAAACCAUUAUAUAGCUGUGUCUUAAAUUUUUGUAUUUAAUAAAUUCGUACCUUAUUUGUUUACAUAAUGUUAUUAAUGUGAACCGGUCCCGGAUAUGAAAUAAAAUAUAUAAAGUGGUGACAUUUUAA